AUGGAGAUUACACUACGUAUACUUCAGUUAAUUUUCAAAUGUAUCUAUGUGGUGGUUUAUUCAAUACUAAACACCUUUCUGAAGCGCAAAGGUCCGCCCACCAUUCCCCCAAUACGUAAUCAGUUGAUUACCUUCCCUUUGGUCGAUGUGAUAAAGUUGAUGCGGCAACGAAAGCUCAAGUCCCAGGAUCUAGUAAAAGCUUACAUCGAGCGUAUUAAAGAAGUGGAACCCCAUAUAAAUGCAGUAGUUCAGGAUCGUUUUGAGAGCGCCUUAGAGGACGCUAAACGCGCUGAUGGACUUAUUGCCAAAACCACAGAUUCAAACCUGCCUGCACUCUUUAACCGCUACACAUUAUUGGGCAUACCAUUUACGGUGAAAGAGUCUUGCGGCUUAAAGGGUAUGCCAUUUCGCGUUGGUAGCCGUCAGCGUGCGCAUAUGAUAUGCUCGGAGAAUGGUGAAGUAGUGAGUAAUGUUAUUGCCGCUGGUGGUAUCCCAUUGUUGGUUUCCAUAACACCGGAAUACUGUUUUAGUAUGGAAACAAAUCCAGCCACGCAGAAAUCCUGUUUAAAUGUAUAUGACAGUCGACGUACAGCAGGUGGCUCUUCUGGUGGAGAGGGUGCUUUAAAUGGCGCUGGUGCUAGCCUAUUUGGCAUUGGCUCUGAUAUCGGUGGAUCUAUACGUAUACCAAGUUUAUUCAAUGGAGUUUUUGGACACAAACCCACCGGUGGCGUGGUCUCGGUUGCAGGACAUUUCCCCUACAGCGGCGAAGAAAAUGGCAAACAAUAUUUUCAGGGGGGACCAAUCACACGCUUUGGUCGUGAUUUAGGUUUAUUAAUGCAAGUCAUGGCAGGCAAAAAUGCACAAAAAUUGGACUUGCUCACACCGGUGGUGACAAAAGAUGUUAAAAUCUUUUACUCAAUGGGCUUUGAUGGUCUCAAUGGUCUUUUGCACAAGUCGACUGAGCAAGAUAUACAGUUUUCCAUAUUAUUAGCAUUGAAAUUUUUAAAAAAUCACGGUUGUAAAAUUGAACUAGCUUCAAUGAAAAUGUUCAAAGAUUCAAUGGAAAUAUCAAUUGCUGGUCUAUUAAUGCUGAAGGAGUUCCCUUAUUUAAUCCAAAGUGAAAACCCAAAUAAAGUAAGGCAACAUCUCUUGGAAUUGUGUAAAUCUCUUAUCGGUAAAUCAGAGUACACAAAAGAGGCAAUCAUUUUUGAUUUAUUUCGAAUAGCGAAUGGCUUUAUGCCUGCUGCUAACGUAAAGAAAUACAAAAGAGAAAUUCAAAUUUUGAAAAAUAAAUUUACUAAAAUGUUGGGCAACGAUAGUGUCCUCUUAUUUCCCACAUUGCCGAUGCCUGCUUUACAUCAUAACACAUCAGCCUUGGCACUUUGGAACAUAGAUUACACAAUGAUCUUCAAUAUUAUUGGAUUGCCAUGUACGCAUAUACCGAUGGGUCUUAAUAAGGAUGGUCUGCCAGUGGGAUUUCAAGUCAUUGCCGCGCCAUAUAAAGAUAGGCUAUGCAUUCAAAUUGCUGCGGAAUUAGAGGCGGCAUUUAGUGGUUGGACUGUUCCAACGCCCCAUGAACUUGAACCUUUAGAUGAUUCAAUUAGAUUUUAACUGAAGCAAAUGUGGAAUUGCUAAUUUAGAUACUUAAAUUUUUUUUUUUAGUUUUUUUCUUUAAAAAAGAAAAAUUACAAAGAAUUUACUUAAUGUUAUGCACUAGUACUGUACUUUAUUUUUGCAUUAAUUUAUAAAUUUCAAUUGAUUUCCAAGCAUUUGAAAGUAUUGAACGCAAGCCGAGAGGAAGAUUUGUAUAAGUAUUAGUGAAAAUUUAUAUAUUUUACGAACUAAAGGUUGCUUGCUUAAGUCUAAAGAUAGCUGUAAAACGCAGUUACACAAAUGUACAUACAAUAUAUAUAAAAUAAAAAUCUAUGAUUUCAAUAUGGGCCGAUAAGCCCGAAAGGUGAU